GUUACGGACACACACAACACACCGAUAGCAGCGACUCUGACGUGAUUGCAGAUGAAGACACCAGGUUAGUGUCAUAAAUGGAUCCAUUUUGUACAGGUUUGAACCCGCCGAGCGAGUUUCUGUGCAUGGUGGACCGCUGUUACGGACACACACAACACACCGAUAGCAGCGACUCUGACGUGAUUGCAGAUGAAGACACCAGGUUAGUGUCAUAAAUGGAUCCAUUUUGUACAGGUUUGAACCCGCCGAGCGAGUUUCUGUGCAUGGUGGACCGCUGUUACGGACACACACAACACACCGAUAGCAGCGACUCUGACGUGAUUGCAGAUGAAGACACCAGGUUAGUGUCAUAAAUGGAUCCAUUUUGUACAGGUUUGAACCCGCCGAGCGAGUUUCUGUGCAUGGUGGACCGCUGUUACGGACACACACAACACACCGAUAGCAGCGACUCUGACGUGAUUGCAGAUGAAGACACCAGGUCCAACGUGGAGCCGACCGGCCGGCGGCGCCGCAUAGAGUGCAAACUGUGCGAGAAGACGUUCGCUUCGCUCUACCGUCUAUGGCAACAUUAUGAAAGAGAGCACGUGGAUAUCUGCCGCAAGACAUGCUGUAACGGGACGGCGCUGAAAAAUGGCAACACCAACCGACUAUUGAAGGCCCCGCGGCCGCCGGAGUGCGCGGGGCGCGGCGCGGCGAGCCGCAGCAACACGCAGAUGAAGCUGCACCUCGCCACGCUCAGGCACAAGCUGAGGAGCCUCUGGAGGUACCAAUGUGACAUUUGCAAGAGAAAAUUCGAAGACAAAAAGGGAAUAGCCGAGCACAUCGAGAGAGAACAUUUGGCGAAGGAAGCGAACAAGUGUCCAAUAUGCGCGGCCACCUUCCGCAGCGAGCGCGCGCUGCGCACGCACGCCGCCGCGCACGAACACGCGCACGCAAACAGUCACGCGCACACGCACGCACGCACGCAAGCGCACGGGACACGCAAGCCACGCACACGCAAGCGAACGGAUACAGAAACAAUAAAAGAUACAGAGAACACAGCCACAGACGCGCUCAACAAUGGGCGCGUGAAAAGGAAACGAAAGCGAACGCGUUGGACACGACGACGCAAGCAACUUGCACGCAACUCGGACACACAGAGCGUGCAGUGCACACGAAAGCGAACGCAAGGGACGCAAUCGCGCAAGCAACUCGCAACCAACUCGGACACACACACGAACGGACAAGAAACACCCAAACAAACGCAAAGGACACAAUCACGCAAGCAACUUGCACUCAACUCGGAUACGCACAGGAAUGUGCAACGGAUACGAAGGUAUACGCAAGAUACACAAUCGCGCACGCAACUAGCACGCAACACAGACACGCACACAAACGGCGUGCAACAUACACAAACGCAAGAGACACGCAAGCGAACGCAAACUGUAGGUGAACUACGCAAGAUGCACCUGAGUAAAGAACGUACGCAAGUAGAAAACGAGAGAGUAGUGAAUUAUUAUCUUGAUAGAUUUACUUUGUUCGAAGCCGGCGGGGGGAUAAGUAGGGCUCUCAUUGACCCUCCCACGGUUCACGGCUCUCAGUCUCAACUAUAGUACUUAUUCAGUUCGAAAUUUAAUAAUAUUCCAUUGGGAUAGAGUUGCAGUCGAGUUCCUGAAUUGUCCUCGGAUGUUCUAGUCCGAUUUAGUUAGAGUAGCGUAUUGUCAUUUAUUAUUGUUCACCUCAGCAGCACGAACGAGCCUACUUUCGUCACUCCAGGGAGUAAGGAAAGUGCGACUUUCGCCACACCAGGAAGUGAGACAAAGUAGCUUUUUAAUUUAGUGAUGUCCAUGAAUACAGGAAUAUUUCUAGAAGCUAUCGUCAUUAUGAUGAUGCCUUUCAUUCAUGAAUGUAAAUAAAUGUGGUUAACUUUA